CCAGAGCAUUCAGUUAAACAUUCUUUCUCACCGAUCUCCUCAUGUCUCCCUGUGCGGUGUCCAGAGGCAGCAGAAGAUCCAGAGGGACCGGCUGAUGAACGACUUCUCAGCGGCUCUCAACAACUUCCAGGCGGUGCAGCGGAGCGCGGCGGAGAAGGAGAAGGAGUCUGUGGCUCGGGCCAGAGCCGGGUCCCGCCUGUCGGCCGAAGACACUUCUCGGGAUGAGAGGCUCGUUUCCUUUGAUAACCAGGAGGACUGGGGUCAGAUGACCACCCAGACAGAGGAGGCACCUAUUACAGAAGAGGACCUGGAGCUCAUCAAGGAUAGAGAAACCAACAUCAGACAGCUGGAGUCGGACAUUUUGGAUGUAAACCAGAUCUUUAAGGACCUGGCACUGAUGAUCCACGAUCAGGGGGAGAUGAUUGAUAGCAUCGAGGCGAAUGUGGAGAAUGCUGAAGUUCAUGUGGAGCGAGGAACAGAGCAGCUGCAGAGAGCCUCCCACUACCAGCAAAAGUCCCGGAAGAGGAUGUGUAUCAUUGCCAUGGUUUGCUCCAUAGUGCUCGUCAUACUUGCCAUCAUUAUCUGGCAAGCUGCUAAGUGAGUUGAUUCUGCACAACCGAUGUGUCACUUCUGUAUUUUACUCUGCACCUCCCACUUGCAAGUCCCUGCUCGGCAUCAUGAGAAUAGGAAGAGGUUGAGAACAUUAGGUCUGUGCAGAUGGAUGGUCCAAAGCAUCUGAACUGAUCACGCCUGUUUUUAUAAAAUGUUAUAAUGAAAAAAGCUCCUAUUUAAACUGACAUAAAGGACUGAGGUGAUGAAGGGGAGCGAUCAUUCAUUUCUUAUUUACUGCACUAACAUUAGCUCUCACUGUAUUUAAAAAAAAGUAUCUUAUUGUCAAUGAAAGGAAAAACGAGAAAGGAAACACAACUUGUUAAAGUGGAUUCAUGUGUUGUUUUAAGGGGUGUCACUUUGUUUCUUAUGAUGUAAAGUGUGAGUGCCUGGCAUCCCCUGUAGCAUUACACGGGACCUGUAUGUCUCCUGGUGGUGACGUCUGUAAUAUACACAUUCUAAAGCUCUAACAGAUGACCAAUAUCAAUCUAAUCCAUGUUUGUAAAUACUACAAAGCGCUGCAUUAUAUUCUGCCAAGUACACUAUGGAUCAUAAAUAAUGACAGUAUCUCAACAAUGAAAGUCACGUCUUCAAACAACACAUUUUUAGUUUGAUUUCUAUGACUCUUGAAGUAUGCAUAAUAAAUGUCUUAAACACG